AAGCAGGUAACCCCAGCAACCCUACCCCGGCCCGUGGGACGCCCACGCUGGCGCCGCCGGGGGCCGCCUCCGCCUCGCAGGGCUUUCUGAAAAUAUUUGUUCCCAUGUAUAAAGAUGUCGUUAGUGGACCUCGGAAAGAGGUUGCUAGAAGCAGCUCGCAAAGGGCAAGAUGAUGAAGUUAGAACGUUAAUGGCAAAUGGUGCUCCUUUCACCACUGACUGGCUCGGGACAUCACCUCUUCAUCUUGCGGCCCAGUAUGGCCAUUAUUCAACAGCAGAAGUGCUGCUUCGAGCAGGUGUUAGCAGAGAUGCUCGAACCAAAGUGGACAGGACACCAUUGCAUAUGGCUGCAGCUGAUGGACAUACACAUAUUGUAGAACUGCUAAUUAGGAAUGGUGCUGAUGUAAAUGCCAAGGACAUGUUGAAGAUGACUGCCUUGCACUGGGCAACAGAACACAACCAUCGCGAUGUUGUAGAGUUGCUUAUAAAGUAUGGAGCUGAUGUUCAUGCUUUCAGCAAGUUUGAUAAAUCAGCCUUUGAUAUAGCCCUGGACAAGAACAAUGCAGAGACUCUGGUAAUGCUGCAGGAGGCAAUGCAGAAUCAGGUGAACAUGAAUCCAGAGAGAUCAAAUCCUGUCACAAAUACAGUGACUGUUGCCUCACCAUUUAUCCUUGCAUCAGGGGAAGUUCUCAAUCUUGCUAGUUUUGUUUCUUCAGCAAACACCAAAACAACCUCAGGUGAUUCCCGUGUAUCUACAGUGCAGUUUUCAAACUCAACAACCUCUGUGCUUGCCACGCUUGCAGCCCUCGCUGAAGCAUCAGCUCCCCUUUCCAAUUCAAACAGAUCUACAGCUAACACAGAGGAAAUAGUGGAAGCAAAUUCUGUAGAUUCUGCAAUACAGCAGGUGGUUGGCAGUGGAGGUCAACGAGUCAUUACGAUAGUAACAGAUGGCGUUCCACUGGGCAGUCUCCAAACAGCCAUUCCUACUAGUGGUAUCAGCCAGCCGUUUAUAGUGACCAUGCAAGAUGGACAGCAAGUUCUAACUGUACCUGCUGGUCAGGUUGCAGAAGAGACUGUUAUUGAAGAAGAAGAUGAUGAUGAUGUAGAAGAGGAAGAACAUCCACCAGCGAAGAAGCAAAAAAUUGACCAAAAUGUAAAUGAUUUGGAAGAAAACAAGGAUGAUAACGAAAGGGAAAUGUUACAGCAGCAGUUGCACGAGGCAAACAGAAAGGCGCAAGAAUAUCGAAGCCAGCUAAUGAAGAAAGAACAAGAAGCGGAGCAAUACCGGCUAAAGCUUGAAGCCAUGGCAAGACCGCAGCCCAAUGGUGCUGAGCUUACAGUGGUUGAAGAGGUUGCUGAGGUGGAUGCAGUUGUGGUAUCGUCAGAGGAAAUGGAAGGGUCUGCAGCAACUGUGGUGGAAACAGAGCAGCCUACUGACAUUGCUGUGGAAACCGUAACGGCAUAACCUGCGGGUUACCAACUCC